AUGCAGCUCGGCUGCCGACUUAGCAUGGAACCUCGCACAAGAGUAUUGCACUCCAGAUUCAAUCUCGAAAACCGAAACUUCACAAAGCUGCAUGAAGCAGUCCUCGGAAUCAAACAGUGGGACAUAGAACAGCUUCUGAGCACAUCCAGGAACACCAUCGACCGAAAAGACUCCAGCGGUCGAUCUGUGCUCCACUGGGCAGCAUUCAGAGGGAAUGGUCGGAUACUUACUCAAAUCCUAAGCUGUGGAGCGCGACCAAACCCGCGAGACGUCCCCGGACGCACCGCCUUGCAUUUCGCCGCGCGAAAUGGGGCGGUGCAAUGUGUCCGCAUCCUGCUUAAUGCCGGCGCCAUCGUCAGUCCCAGGGACGAUUACAAGGAAACCCCUCUGCAUCUCGCCGCAAGUGAUGGACGAAACAAUAUUCUCAGGCUCUUGCUGGAGAAAAAUGCUGAAAUCGAUGCCCGUGAUAGUUGGGAGGAGACACCCUUGGACUUUGCAGUCUUAAACAACAAUGCAGAGGGCGCACGCAUCCUUUCGACUCCCGUGACAAACAUGGCUACAGCAUUCUUCUCAAUGGCGUUAGUGCUCGCCGCAGCACCUGCAUUGAGUGCCGUCGGAAAUGACGGCAAGUCCUUACUACAUAUAAUCGCGGAGUUUGCCGAUUUGCAGACGAUUGAACUAUUUCUUGCACCUGACAUCAGAGGUCUGAAUGUGGAAGCAAAGGACUCUGAAGGAAGAUCUCCGCGGACAUUGUUCGAACAGAGACAGGCAAAGGGCUAUGCAGACGAUACUCUUGCAGAGGCGUUCCGCGCCUUGUUAUUGGGUAUUGUCGAACGGAGCGAGAUGCGGGUAGAAGGGGUGAAAACUCGUGCAACUAUGGAUGGGGGGGGAAGCCCCCGAUAUAGGCCAGAAUAG